AUGGCUGCUACAGUAAAGGAGUGUCUGGAGCUGCAGCUCCUGGAAGUGGAAAUGCUCCUCUCAAUGUUUCCUAAGGAAGGUGAAAUGCAAGUGCGUGACGAGGACACCGUGCCUCGCGUGCAGCGCUACCUGACCAGCUGCGAGGCGGCUCUGCCCCCCCAGCUCGAGUAUUCAGUUGCCGUGGAUGUGGGGGAGUCAAAGGCAAAAGUAGAACUGCRGGUAGUGCUGCCUCACCUCUACCCUCACGUAGCCCCCCAGCUCUUUGCGCGAUCGGAUGCGCUGAGCAGGCAGCAGCAGCUGCAGCUCAACACCGGCCUCACGUCCUACGUGAGCUCCCUGGGCGCGGGUGAGCUCUGCGUGUGUGCGGCUGUGCAGUGGCUCAAGGACAACAGCCCACCCUGCCUGCAAAACCACAGGCCCCCUCCGGGAGGCCCUUCCAAGGAGGAAGGACUUAAAGAAACGUUUCAUCGCCUGUGGAUCUACAGCCACCACAUCUACAGGCAGGAAUUGAGAAAGAAGAUUUUUGACUGUGCAAGGAAGUUAAAUCUGACUGGCUUCUGCCUAACGGGAAAGCCUGGCGUGAUCUGUGUGGAGGGCAUCAGAGAGAACUGUGAUGAGUUCUGGCGUGUCAUUAGGUAUCCCAAUUGGAAGCAUAUUUCAUGCAAGCACGUGGAGAGUACAGAAACUGAGGGAAACAUUGAUGGUCUUCGUCUCUUUCCUGCUUUUGAAGACCUGCAGUUUCAGGCACAUGGGGAUUAUGGCCUGAGGAAUGACUAUCACAUGGAUCUGGGCCAGUUCCGACAAUUCCUGGAACAACAUCAGAGUGGACAUGUUUUUCAGAUUUUAUUUGGUGUUGAAGGCAAACUAUCAAACAAAUAAGUGAAACCCUGUAAGGAGUUUUAACUUUGAACAGCAGCUGAUGAAGUAAGCAUUGAAAUACYGUGCCUGACAGCUACUGAGAAAAGGGAAACUGCUCGACAGACAAGGCAGGCAGUUCAAGGAAUUAAUCUUUGUUUCUGUUCUGAAUUGUUACAUACAUUUGAGAAWGCCUGUUUAUUUUCUGAGACCCUGAAAUCAGCAAUUAUCACUCUGAGCUACAUCUCCAAUAAGUGGUUGCAGGUGACAAAAAUCCCACAGUUCAGUAUUUUAAGUUACACAAAUCUGUCUCCUCAUAUAUAUUGUGCUGUAGGAAAGCAACAUGAGGUGCAGGCCUGUAAGCAACUUUGGCGUAGAGUUACGGGUGACCGAAGUGGCUGCUCUCAGUAUAGUUUCCAGUACAAAAGCAYAUCCUGCUUCAAGAAAUCUUACCCAUGUAAGGAAAUCUCAUUCAAGAUUUAUUUCAUACAGUUUUGUGCUCUCACUUGUUUUAGUGAAGUGCAAAGACUGCCCAACCACAUCAAGCUUUGCCUUUCAACAAAGGAGUGGGGAAAAUCCCACAUUACCCUGUCACUUAUAUAGUCUGGGUAGUACCUAUAGCAUUACAUUGUCAUCACUGACCAUCAUUUUUCCAGCUACUCUUCCGACACUUCACUGUAGUCUGGGUUAUGUUAAUAGCAACCUCUCAGCUGCUCAGCUCAUGACAUUUCAGGCGUAUACUGCUAGGCUUCUAUAUGCACCUUGGAGAUGAGAGCAUCCAA